ACGCCAACGCCCGUCCCCACCAGGCUAGGCUGGCAGUCCUCGUCGCGACAGUUCCACCGACUCAAAUCCCUGUCGCGUUGCCUGCUAUACCCGGUCUUGGGGCUCCUCAUCAUGCUGUAAGUCCUGUCCUUCCAAUCCUGGCGUCCAUCCCUCCAGUCUCGCAUUCUCACUCACUCACUCACUCACUCACUCACUCACUCACUCACUCACUCACUCCCUCCGGACAGAGGCAUCAUCCAGUUCAUCGCCAUCGCCUGCGGGAUUGUGCUUUCCUUCUUCUCCGACGAACUCGACCGCGCAACCGAGCGCUGGCGCCAUGGCGAGACCGGCGCCGCCACCGACAUCCUGCAUUGGCCGACAGACAACUCCAGAGACAUCGUCCCCGUUGCAUGCCACUCCCACAAUGACUACUGGCGCCCCGUGCCCUUGUUUUCCGCCCUCCAGGCCGGCUGCGUGAGCGUGGAAGCUGACGUGUGGCUGAUGAACAACGACCUCUAUGUCGGCCACACCGUCGCGGCGCUGACCCCCCAGCGCACCCUGCGCGACUUGUACAUCAACCCCCUGCUGCGCAUCCUCGACCAGCAGAACCCCAUCACCGACUUCCACCCGCGUCUCGACCAGCCACGCCAGGGGGUCUUCGACACCGACCCGUCGCAAAGCCUCGUCCUGCUGAUCGACUUCAAGACCGACGGCCAAGAAGCCUGGGACCACGUGUCCGCGCAGCUCUCGCCCCUGCGGGAAAACGGCUAUCUCACCUACUUCAACGGCACCGACCUCAUCCCCGGGCCCAUCACCAUCGUCGGAACAGGAAACACCCCCUUCAACCGGGUCAUCGCCAACACCACCUACCGCGACAUCUUCUUCGACGCUCCGCUCGAUAAACUCGCAGACAGCGACGACCCGCUACGCAGUGACCGUCUCACCCCCGUCCAGAACACCGUCGCCUACCGCUCCCCGGAAAAUGUCGGUCAGGGCUUGUCCGGCUUAUCUGAUGCAGACAUCCGCGCGGACACCUUUGAUUGGACCAACAGCUACUUCGCCUCUGUCUCCUUCAAGAAAACGAUUGGCCGACCCUGGGGCUUCCGUCUGACGGAGCUGCAAGUCAAGAAGAUCCGCGCCCAGAUCCGCGCCGCCCAUCGCCGCGGCCUCAAAGUCCGCUACUGGGGCGUGCCCGCCUGGCCUCGGAGCCUGCGCAACCAUCUCUGGAGUAUCCUGGUCCGCGAGGGGGUUGAUCUGCUAAACGUGGAUGAUCUGAAGAGCGCGACGCGGCAGGACUGGCGGCCCAAGAUCUCGGACUGGUGGAGCUAGUCUGUCUGUCUGUCUGUCUCUCUGCC